AGCCGACUUUCACUUUGCGUAGACAAGUAAAUGACGUCCCAACACUCGAAAGAUCUGCAUUUUUUGACACAGUUACAGUUCUGCUACUUUGAGAAUUUCCCAUACACGACCUGUAACUUACAGGUUAUUGGAAACUCUCAAAGUAGCAGAACUCUCAUGAGCGAUAGCAGAAUAGACGCGAUGGAGACCAAACUGCGCGAGAUGUUUGAGGUACGAUCCGGUUACCGUGACGAGCACAGUCAGACAGCUUUACUCGCUAAGCACUUCCGAAACUUCGACAGGGACGGCUCUGGGGUCGUAGACUUUGACGAGUUUGCCCGUGCUAUGUUGUCGCUCAACUUUGUCGGUGUCCAAGCUGAGACUGAAGCUCUCUUUGACCGAUACGAUGCGGACCUGGACGGUGUACUGAGCUACGCUGAGUUUGCUCAAGCCAUCACGGGUUGUUCUGGGCGAGCUCUGCUGAAUGGAAGAACUCGAACUCUUCUGGAACGCGUACGAGAAAGCAUUCUGGAAGCUGGUGGCAAGAAUGGCAUCAGAACGCUGGGCGUGCUCUUACGUCGUAUGGACCAGAACGGCAACGGCGUGGUAGAGCUCGAGGAAUUUCGCGAUGGUAUCGUACAGUUGGGGAUUCAUGAUGCCGAUCCAGAGGAACUGGAGCGCACUUUCCGAUGCUUCGACCGCGACCAAAGUGGAAAGAUCACUAUUGACGAGCUCAUGCGUGGACUUCGGGGAUCCAUGUCAAAGCGCCGCAUCUUGCUUGUGAAGAAGGCCUUUGCUCUCUUGGACACUUCAGGAGAUGGCAAAGCUACAGUGGAAGAAGUUGAGCGUCUCUACGAUGCCUCGCAGCAUCCUGAAGUCCUCGCGGGUCGGAUGAAGCCUCGGGACGCGAUGCUGGAGAUGAUGAGUGUCUUCGAGCAGUCUGAUUCACGCGGUGACGGUGUUAUCACUUGGCACGAGUUCCUCGAGUACUACAAAGAUCUGAGCGCUGGGAUCAUCAACGAAGACGAGUUUGAGCUCAUGAUACGCAACGCCUGGCAUCUCAGUGGAGGUGUGGGCUGGAGUGCCAACUCAUCAUGUCGUCGAGUGCUAGCCACCUUUCGCGAUGGAUCACAAAGAGUCCUUGAGAUCGAGAACGACCUGGGCAUUGCCGCCUGCGAUACGCGUCGUAUGGUAGAAAAGCUCAAAGCUCAGGGAUACAAAGACAUCGUAGCGAUCUCACUAACUCAGUAACAAACUGAUCUUCGGAUCGAUCUAGACAGAUACCGUCACUUGGAUGACAUCGGCUUAUCCCGAAGAAGACACCGUGCUCGACUCGGAUAGUGAGCUACAAGUAAGCGAAAGUCUCGAAGCACAGCAGAAGCGAGAGGGAAGAAAUGUAUUGAUCUACCUCAGCUACUGGUCGAGGAAGCGUUACCACUUAAAUUUCAGGCUGUAUACCACAUAUGUACAUCAGGCUAUCAGCAGCUCGAUACCAUCGACGGAGCCAUGUGCAAGCUGUACACUGUACAAUAGUUUGGCAAUGGACGGAGCUGCUGCUAGAGGCCGCGCCUCGCUUCUCUAGUGGCUCCAUUCCAACAGAAGUGAAGGCUGCUCAUCAGCGGCUUUCGUCGGAGAGCACAAGACGCUCAAGUGGCUACAUAGGUAUUGUCCAUUGCAGUGCAGUCUCGAUCGAAAGCUUGCAGCAGCUGGACACAAUCACGGUCGAAUGACACUUUAUCUACAGCGGACUCAUUACA